AUGGCGAACGCUGUCAUUUUCAACGUCUGCCUAGCGCUGAUCCUGGCUGGAGUCGAGUCGUGCUUUGUCCCGAGCUUGAUCUACGUCCCUGUGCCGCAAUAUAUCCCAGCCGGAUACGAGAUAACAAGAGUCAAUGUGGCGAGCUGUGAGAGCGUCACUUCCAACGACAGUGCUUUCAGAGUUUGGUCCAAUGGCUCGGUGACGGCUAAAAGGAACGUUGAGGUCUUGGCCAAAGGCAGAACUUUCUUCGUGCUGGUUGAGCGCAGAGACGGGCAGCAGAUGCAGAUGAACGUCGAACUCAUCGCCAACCCCCUCAUGAGCAGAAAGCCUAAUGAAGUUCUGCAACGGUUCAAAAGACGCUGGAGCCCUCCACCCUUCAAUAUCCUGGAGAAUGACCCCGGCCCCUAUCCAAGAGACAUUGAAAGGCUUGUGUCAGACACUGAAGCAGUGCAUCGGGUUUACUACACUCUCACGGGGCCCGGUUACGACAAGCAUCCAGUGGGAGUGUUUAGAUUUGACAGCGACAGUGGAAUGUUGACUGUGCUUAAACCAGUUGAUCGUGAGGAGUACCCGCAGUUUGCUUUGAUAGCCAGGGUCUUUGACAGAACAACACGUAAGGAAACCGAUGAUCCUUUAGGUGUCUUUGUGAAUGUAGACGAUCAGAAUGACAAUGCGCCACAGUUUCAAGGGCAGUUGCAAUUUUCUGUGCUCGAGAAGAGCAAAGUAGGGACAAUAAUUGGAAAGGUGAACGCCACUGACAGAGACCAACCGGGCACCGAUCAUGUCAAGAUCCGAUAUUCCCUGUUAUCCGAAUUGGGGCAAUUUGCAAUUCACCCAACAACUGGUGUCAUCACCACAGCUACCAACACAUUAGAUAGAGAGGUCAAAGACAAGUAUAGCGUGAUUAUGCAAAUCAAAGAUAUGGACGGCGCAGCCAAUGGUUUGUUCACCACUGGCACAGCAACCAUCACCUUGAAUGACAUCAACGACAACCCGCCGACCUUCACACAGGAAUUGUAUCAAGCCACUGCCAAUGAGAAUGAAAUCAACAAACUAAUUCUCCGAAUUCCUGUUGAAGACAAGGAUUUGAAAGACACACCCAACUGGAGCUCUAAAUUCAUUGUCACUAAGGGAAACGAAAAUGGAAACUUCCGAAUGGAGACUGACCCCAAAACAAAUGAGGGGCUUCUAUACGUCUCAAAGCCAUUAAAUUUUGAGAAAACCCCCAAAAUGAGGCUGGAAAUUAUGGCGCGCAACGAACCUGAACUGACCGGUACCACGGCAAAGUGGCAGAUUGUCCCUGUGGACUUGGCCGUUCGCGAUAUUGAUGAAGGCCCUGAAUUCACGGCACCAACCAUUCGGCUCAAAGUGAAAGAGAACACGCCAAACGGCACUUCCAUUGGAAUUUACAAAGCUAUAGACCCAGAAACCAAGAGCAGUGACGGCAUUAAGUAUUACAAGGUCAUGGACCCUGCUGGUUGGAUCAAUGUGGAUCGGAACACAGGAGAGCUGAGAGUGGCAAACACCAUUGACAGAGAGUCACAUUUUGUCAAGGAUGACAUUUACAACAUCUCCAUGAGAGCUGUUGACGCAACUUCCAAGACUGGUACGGGAACUGUCAUAAUUCAGGUGGAAGAUGUGAAUGACAACGUACCGAUUAUCCCGCCUGCUGAGAGAGUGGUGUGUGAGAAGGAAGGUGAACUUGGCUCUACACUGCUUGUGGCUGAAGAUGCUGAUGAGGCACCAUUCAAAGGCCCCUUCACAUUCAGUCUGCCAAAUAGCGAAGAUGGCAAAUGGUCUUUGACCAGAUUCAAUGACACUGCUGCUACAUUGAACCAGCUGAAAGACCUUCCGUUGAAGGUGCACCAUGUUCCUGUUGAGGUCAAGGAUCUGCAAGGCAAUGGAAAAAUCCAGACAGUAAAUGUCAGGCUCUGCCAGUGCAGGAACGGGGCCUGCCUGACCAAGCCCUGGUCAGCCUCGCUCGGACCGCUGGGUUGGCUGGCAUUCCUAUUGCCUCUGCUCCUCCUCCUGCUGCUAUUAUUGUUGCUCGUCUGCUUCUGUACCACAAAGCCAGAGCUGCAGAUCUUAGAGGAUACAACAGACAGCGGUGGAAUCCUGAUAAAGUCGAACACAGAAGCCCCAGGGGAAGAAGUGGAUGCCAGUCUUAUUAAGGUUCCCAUCAGCGACAUAAAGGGCUCAGAAGUGAAUCAGGAUUGGCAAAUUAAGGGCUCCACCAUUGGACGGCAAGACACUUCUAUUUACAAGACCGGCUUUGGUGCAACGGAAACUGAGUUCUUCACCGGCCAGUAUGACAGCCAGUAUGGAACGCAACGCUUCAAUGGAGGGAUGAACUACGACGCAAACUUUCUCAAUACCUGGCAAACAAACGGACGCUAUUUGCACCAGAAACUAACCUAUUUCGGAGGCGAGGAGGAUGGACGAUAUGCGGAUGACAUUAUCCACCAAUACGGCUUCGAAGGGGUGGGCUCGGCAGCUGGCUCGGUCGGAUGCUGCAGUGACGAUGGCGGGAACAAUGACAACCUCGACUUCUUAAAUACACUUGGACCCAAGUUCAAAAAUCUUGCGGCCGUCUCCAAACAGACAUGA